AUGACUGCUGAAUCAAACAAUAUUAUUGACAAUUCUAACUCUACUGUUAGUAGUCACAUGUCCACAGAAGAUAACAAGGCUUCCGAAGAAAACUUAAAAGAGUAUCAAUCUAAUGAAGAAAAUCAUAUUAAUGAACUUCCAAAGAAGCCAUUAUCAGAAUAUGUUACCGUAUGUCUUCUUUGUCUUUCUGUUGCCUUCGGUGGUUUCAUUUUUGGAUGGGAUACCGGUACUAUUUCUGGUUUUGUUGCACAAACUGAUUUCUUAAGAAGAUUCGGUAUGGAACAUAGAGAUGGUAGCUACUACUUCUCGAAUGUCAGAGAAGGUUUGAUUGUUGGUAUCUUCAACAUUGGUUGUGCUUUUGGUUGUAUUCUCUUAUCUAAGGUUGGUGAUAUGUAUGGUCGUAAAAUGGGUAUCGUCACAGUCGUGGUUGUCUAUAUCGUUGGUAUUGUUAUUUCAAUUGCUUCUGUUGAUAAGUGGUACCAAUAUUUCAUUGGUAGAAUUAUUUCUGGUAUGGGUGUCGGUGGAAUUUCUGUUUUAUGCCCAAUGUUAAUUUCUGAAACAUCUCCAAAACAUUUAAGAGGUACAUUAGUUUCAUCAUAUCAAUUGAUGAUCACAGCAGGUAUUUUCGUUGGUUACUGUACUAACUACGGUACUAAAAGUUACUCCAACUCUGUUCAAUGGAGAGUUCCAUUAGGUUUAGGUUUCGCAUGGGCUUUGUUCAUGAUCGGUGGUACUUUACUGGUUCCAGAAUCCCCACGUUACUUAUGUGAAUUUAACAAGAUUGAAGAAGCUAAACGUUCCUUAGCCAGAUCAAAUAAGGUUUCCACCGAGGAUCCAGCUAUUCAGUUUGAGUUAGAUUUAAUUUUGGGUGGUAUUGAAGCAGAGAGGGCAGCUGGUACUGCAUCUUGGGGGGAAUUAUUUUCUACAAAGAGUAAAGUUUUCCAACGUGUCCUUAUGGGUAUUUUAGUUCAAGCCCUCCAACAAUUAACUGGUAAUAAUUAUUUCUUCUAUUAUGGUACCACAAUUUUCAAAUCUGUCGGUAUGAGCGAUUCAUUUGAAACAUCUAUUGUUAUUGGUGUUGUUAACUUCGCAUCGACUUUCUUUGCUUUAUACACAGUUGAACAUUAUGGCCGUCGUACAAUGUUGUUAUACGGUGCUGCUAGUAUGAUGUGCUGUAUGGUUAUUUAUGCAUCUGUUGGUGUUACCAGAUUGUAUCCACAUGGUCAAGACGAAGCAUCAUCUAAGGGUGCUGGUGACUGUAUGAUUGUCUUCACAUGUUUCUAUAUUUUCUGUUACGCUAUUUCAUGGGCUCCAGUUGCUUGGGUUAUUAUUUCCGAAUCAUUCCCACUGAGAGUUAGAUCCAAAUGCAUGUCUUUAGCUAGUGCUUCCAAUUGGCUUUGGGGUUUCUUGAUUAGUUUCUUCACUCCAUUUAUCACCGGUGCCAUUAAUUUCUACUACGGAUACGUCUUCACUGGUUGUUUGUUUGCUAGUUGGUUCUAUGUGUACUUCUUUAUUCCAGAAACUAAAGGUCUAACAUUGGAAGAAAUUGAAGAAAUGUGGACAACUGGUGUCUUACCAUGGAAAUCUGCAGAAUGGCUUCCACCUGCCAGAAGAGGCGCUGAUUUCGACCAAAGUAAAUUCAGUCAAGAUGAUAAGCCAUGGUACAAAGUAUUGUUGUAG